AUGGGAGCUUGCAGCAUCCUUCUGCGACAUCCCGCCCUCACCUGCGGUCGCGCUGCCUCCGCGCAGCGGUUUCUCGCCUCCUCCCUCAGUGCCCUGCGGCCGGCGGCGCCCCCCGUUCCGCGAGGCCAGGGGCAUCCCCUGGCCGCCCUGCCAGGGCCCCCCAGCUGGCCGCUGAUGGGCAGCCUGCCCGACGUCCUCUGGAAGGGGGGUCUGAAGAGGCAGCAUGAGACGCUGGCUGAGUACCACAGGAGAUUUGGCAAGAUCUUCCGCAUGAAGCUGGGGGCUUUCGACUCGGUACACAUCGCAGCCCCCUGCCUCCUGGAAGCCCUCUACCGCCGAGAGAGCUCCUGCCCACAGCGCCUGGAGAUUAAGCCCUGGAAAGCCUAUCGGGACUAUCGCGACGAGGGCUACGGGAUGCUGAUCCUGGAGGGAAAGGACUGGCAGAGGGUAAGAAGUGCCUUUCAAAAGAAAUUAAUGAAGCCCAGGGAAGUUGCAAAACUGGAUGCCACACUCAAUGAGGUCCUGGAGGAUUUCAUGCACAGAAUAGAUGACGUUUGUAACCACAAUGGGCAAAUGGAAGAUGUCUACUCAGAAUUCAACAAAUGGUCAUUUGAAAGUAUCUGUCUGGUGCUAUAUGGAAAGAGGUUUGGUCUCCUACAGCAGGAUGUAGAAGAAGAAAGUUUGAACUUCAUCAAGGCUGUUAAAACGAUGAUGGCUACUUUUGGAAUGAUGAUGGUGACCCCUGUGGAACUUCACAAGGGUCUGAACACGAAAGUCUGGCAAGCUCAUACUAAAGCAUGGGAUGAUAUUUUUAAAACAGCCAAACAUUCAAUUGACUGUAGACUGGAAAAGCACUCUGCAAACCCUCAGGAGGAUUUCCUGUGUGACAUCUACUCUGGGGGACAACUUUCCAAGAAGGAGCUGUACGCUGCCAUUGCAGAGCUCCAGAUUGCUGGAGUUGAAACGACAGCCAAUAGUUUACUGUGGGCCUUAUAUAACCUUUCGCGCAACCCACAUGUUCAGCAGAAGCUUUUCCAGGAAAUAGAGAGUGUUUUGUCUCCUACUGAGAGUCCAAGUGCUGAGAACUUGAAGAAUAUGCCUUACCUAAAAGCAUGUCUGAAAGAAUCCAUGAGAUUGACACCAUCGGUGCCAUUCACCACUCGCACCACUGACACGGAAAUGGUUCUGGGGGAUUAUGUGCUGCCCAAAGGGACUGUACUAGUGAUAAACAGCCAUGCCCUGGGCUGCAAUGAAGAGUACUUCAGUGGCUGGACUCAGUUUAAACCAGAGCGCUGGUUUCAGAGGAACUUCAUCAAUCCUUUCUCUCAUGUUCCGUUUGGCAUUGGCAAGAGGAUGUGCGUCGGGCGCCGCCUAGCUGAGCUCCAGCUUCACUUGGCCCUUUGCUGGCUCCUUCGCAAGUACCGAAUCAUAGCAACUGACAGCAAUCCAGUAGAAGCGCUCCAUUCAGGAACCCUGAUUCCCAGCCGGGAGCUUCCCAUUGCGUUUCGCAGGCGAUAAGCUCACAAAAAAAAGAAAUGACAUCUCUGCUGCCACCUUCUCUGAAAAAAUAUACAUUGAUUGGGAAAGUUAAUGCCUAUGGUAACCAGUGGAGAGACUGCAACACAUGUUCCUUGAACAAUUGCUGAGCCAGAAGCAGUACCAAGAAAAGCUCCAUACUGUUUUAUUGGUUAGCUAGUUUGGCUGUUCUUAGCAGUGUUAAAAGGAAAGAAAAAUACCAUGCAUGUCCAUAUACCUAUGUAAAUCUACUGAUUUAGUGCAACUGAGGGACUGUACAGGAUGGAACUUGAUAAUGAGCUGUGGAGUGUUACGUACAGGUCUUGUUGGUGCACAGUGAAAUUAUUAUAGCCUCAAGCUGUUCAACAGGCUAGCUUGCAAAGAGCUUGUUUCCAGCGUGUGGGUAUCACACAGGACACCUGGGGAGCAUCAGUCACGACUGAACUGCCCCUGUUAGCUCAGACUUUAAUAGCUUGGAGAAGUCAGCUAAAGGGAAAGGAAGUGCAUUUAGUCCUUAUCAAAUCACCAAUGUCAUUAAUUAAAUUAGUGACAUUGAAGUGAGGUGGUAGUACGUAAUAAGGCUAACAACAGCACUUAAAAGUUAAGAGUAUGAAAGAAGUAUGUUUUCCCUAACUUUAGUAAAAGGGAAACAAAGAACAAUGAUAGAUAACAGGAUUUAUUCCUAGUGCCUGUGCAGGGCUUUGAUUUGAACAGUUGCAAUACCAUUCAUGCUACGUACUCUGCUUAUUCCUAUGGAGUUUCAUGGCUCCAGCUCCCAGAUAAAAAGACAUUUUAUCACUUCUAUUAUAAAACCUUAGUGGUCUUUUAUUACAUGAAAGGCCCUAUCCAUAAAUGGAAUCACUGGAAUCCUAUGGGUUCUGUCUCUAUUAAAUGAUGAUUAUCCUAACAGGAUAGAUACUUUGUCAAAUGAGUAAUAUAAAAUCUGUGUUUUGAAGAACCACAGGAAAUGAGGUUCCUAAACAUUUUGGGGAGGUCUACUUCUUGUGGAGAUUUCAAUGCCUGUAUCCAAAGGUUAAAGUUGUCACUGCCCUUCAUGCAGUUCUCUAUUAGCUCUUAUGAUCACUAAUGUAUUUGUCCCAUGACACAGUUUCAAGUCCAGGCUUUUAUAGAUAACCAAGAAUGGCUGGUUUUAUUUUUUUACAUUCUGAAACUCUUAGCAUUUGUAGGUCAGUUUCCUACAGGUUUGGGUUUGUUCAUUUGUUUGCAUGCUUGCUUGCUUCUGUUAGACAUGUAAAUGUCAUAUUAUAAUGUGCAAACCAUUUUAUGCAUUAUCUGAAUACUUCUAGUCUAUUUGAUAAGUCAUUUUUGUAAUAAAAUGGAGUUUGAUUUUU